CCCACAUCAGUGGAGCGAGGGAACUACGCCAGUCACCGCAUUCACUCCUCUUUUUUUUUUUAAGAAAAACAUCUCCAUUAAAAAAACAGAAUCAAAACAGUAGAAAACAGAAAUUAAAGCAGGGAAUCGAGAUUCGAGAGUGAAAAAAUUGCAUAUCCUCCACGGCUCCACCUCCAGAACAGCGUCUGCUCUUAGCCCCUUCGCCCCUAUCUCAAUCAAGUAGAGUAGAAUAGUAGAUGUGAAAAACAAAAAGCCCAGAAAUUCUUGUUGAGGAUUUUUCGUUCCCUCACUGCCUCCAACCACCCCAGCUUAUUUUACUUCGAUGGCAAGUAGCAGAGAUGAUCCCCUCUCCUUCAUUAAUCCCUCUUCUUCCCCCAUAGCAGUCUCAGAAGAUGGAUUACUUAUUGACCCCAACUCCCAGAUAGGCAGCGCCUCCGGGAGCUUUCAGAACGAUGGUUUGCUUGCUGGCGAUGGAGGAAGCGGAAACAACAGUGAUGUUGAGUUUGGCUUCCUGCGCUCUGAAUUCCGUCAGAGCCCUCUGGUGGGAACUGUUCAGAUCUACGACCGCCAUGUCUUCCUCUGCUACAAGAAUCCCCAGGUGUGGCCUCCCCACGUUGAAGCAGCUGAGUUUGAUCGGUUGCCCAGGCUCUUAUCUGCUGCUCUCUUGGCGAGAAAAGGAGAGAUGAAGAAAAAGACUCGCUUAACAAUAUGUGAGGGACACGAUGGGACGGAGACAUCAAAUGGAGAUGUAUUGAUCUUUCCUGACAUGAUCAGAUACAGGCGGUUGACACAUUUUGAUGUUGAUACAUUUGUUGAGGAAGUGCUUGUGAAGGACAAUGAAUGGCAGCCUGGAACCCCUGAAGCACUAACAGGAUCAUAUGUCUUUGUUUGUUGUCAUGGGAGCCGGGAUCGCCGAUGUGGUGUUUGUGGACCUGCUCUAGUUACAAGAUUUAAAGAAGAGAUAGAUGCACGGGGCCUUCAAGGUCAAGUUUCUGUUAGUCCUUGUUCACACAUUGGUGGGCAUAAAUAUGCAGGAAACGUAAUCAUUUUUGGUCCAAACAUGAAUGGCAAAGUGAUGGGUCAUUGGUAUGGGUAUGUCACCCCAGAUGAUGUAACUGUUUUGCUAGAGCACCAUAUUGGGAAAAGGGAUAUUGUUGAUCAACUAUGGAGGGGUCAGAUGGGCUUAUCAGAAGAGGAGCAGAAGAGAGCUCAAGAGCUAAGGCUUCAACUAGACAAUGAAACCAACGGAGAGAAAACCACAAAAGAUCGUAUAGAGACCAACAGGGCAGAUUCCUCUGGAAGUCAAACUCAAAUUGAGGUCAGAGGUUGUUGCCAGGGCAGCCAGAACUUCGUAUGUUGCCAGAAUCCUUCGUUCUCAGAAAAGAUUGAUGAAAAUAGUCAUGUUGUGAAUGAGGGGGAGGUGAAGGCAGCAGUAGAGAAGAAGAAAAGCAAUGACAAACAGGUUUCAAAGGUUGGUUCUAAAGGAGGUUGCACACGCAAAGCCUGUGCAAUGCCAACGUGGUUUGAGAGUUGGGAGCGUGAGGAUACAUAUGCUGCACUGGCUGUUGUUUGGGCUGUUGUCUCAAUUGCCAUUGCUUAUAGCUGCUACAAACAGUUGAGUUGCUUUCAAGCUCUAAAGCGCUCACGGCUCAUCUGUGGCCUCGGAAAUCCACUGUGGUGAUGGUCGAGGUGGUGGAAAUGGAGGGUUUUGAAAGCAUUCAAUCAGCCAACUUACAAAGACCGGACGAAACCCUAGGGUGGUCCCAACUCCGAAGUUUCGUUAUUCAAUUCACCCAUUGGAUGCAAUCAUGGCCAAGGUUUGAUUACAAUUUUUGUUAAAAUCCCUCAGAAAUAUUAGUUGAAAAGGAAAAUAAAAUUAGACAAUAAA